AUGGAUGAGACACCAGAGCUGCAAGAUGUCCAGCUGUCCAGUGUUGCGGAAGGAGACAAAGCAACAGGCAGCGGAGGGCUGCAGGACGCAGCUCCCUCUUCCUCCUCCUCCUCCUCCUCUCACUCCGCCUCCGCGCGCGCGGGGCGCCACCCUCGCCUUGACGUUGCUGGGGGCCGGCCCGGGUGCCCGCCGCGGGCUCCUUCGCCAACGCCGGGGGUGCGCGCCGCCGGCGGCCGUCCCGGGGCGCGCAACAAAGAGCCGCCUGCGCUCGCGCGCCCGGCCGGGUCUCCUCCACCCCCUCUUCCCCCGCGCUGCAGCCGGGGUCGCCCGCACCCCACCCGCGGCCCCGAGCCCCUCCGAGCGGGCGAUGGAAGAUGGAAGGAAGAAACGCCGCGGCAGAGCCGUUUGUUUGGGGUAACAAGGCAUCAUCAGCACAUUCCCAGAGUGUUGCCAAGGCAAAGUACGAAUUUUUAUUUGGGAAGUCAGAAGAGAAGACUCCAGAUCCUGGUGAUCAUGGAGGAAGCACUUUACUCCCACCGACUGUCACAAACGAGUUUCCAGAAUAUGGGGACCAUGGAAGAAGGAGGAGAUGGCCUAAGAGGCUCGUUAGACUUUGAUGCAGAGUCUCUGCCAUGCCGCUUGCCAGGGCAGCAGGCGGUCCACCUUCCUGCUGGACAGGACUCCGCGUUCAACAGUAUUAUAGAAGGACCAAAUGAUGCCCCUCAGUGUCACCCUCAGGAACAAAGUUUACAAACCUAUUGACUCUUUAAUUUCUGCUCUGAAAGCUACAGAAGCCAGAAUAGCUUCAGGAACAUUUCAGCCUACAAAGGUACUGGAGAAAGAUGCUAAUUUUUCAGUUCAGCAGGCGGAUAAAGGGCGGAGCACUGCCAGCCACAAGCCACAAAGAGCCCAUAGAACAUUCCCUGUCGGCCCAGGAAAAUCACCAGAUAUACCUCUUUCAGUGGACAUACCAACAGAGGAGAAUUUCUCUUUGCACAUCCGGGAGGAUCUGUCUGAACUCUUGCCUGAAGAGGCCGAGACACAGCUGUCCCAGAUAAGGAGUUACAGGAGGCAAGGACCUCUCCGUGUGCAGGGGCCAGCAAGUCCUGUGUCCUUGAGCUCAGCAGGAAGCCAUAACCCUGUGGACAGAGUUGGUGUUUUGAAAGAUCAGAGGUCUGACAUUGGAAGAGAGCACCCUAGAGGGUGUGAUCUGGGUGGCUUCAUGGGGCGCCAAGGCCGGGUCAAACAUGUAGAGUUUCAAGGAGUAGAGAUCAUGUGGGCCGGAGAGGAGGCGGAGGAGACCCAGCAUCCUGUAGGCUUUGAGACAUCACCAGAAAGGACAGCCCGUCACAUGAGCAAAGAGUUUGCCAAAGGUACAAGCCAUUGCAGCCCAGGUGAUGCUUUGUGCAGCAAUUCCGUUCACUUAACUGGGAACGUUUGGGAUGGAACCUGGAAAGCUCCUUCGGCAAGGUCUGGCACAAGCUUAGGGACCUUGUCCCCUGUGACCAUUGGUGACAGUGGAGAGGAUGAAGUCUUCCUGCGAGAAAGCAAAGAGCACCUUGAGGAGAACCUGGAUACACAGGGCGACAAAGAAAGGUGAGCGCUGGACUUGUCAUGCAGUGGGUGAUGCU